AAGAACCACAAUUCCAUGCGGGGGCAGGCGACAAGCUAUUUGGAGUAGCUCGUGAAGGAAUGUUGUGUUUUUUUUUUUUUUUUUUUAAAAAAAAGCUCUUACGCAAUGUAAUUUCAAAGGUUUUUUGCUUAGAUGUCGGAUUCCACGUAAGAAGAGUAUAUUGUCAGCGUCUUUACGAGAGAGAAGAUGUUUUUCUGCCGAGAGGCCUGAAAUCCAGUCAUUCGAACGUCUCGAGCAGUUGACAUUACAUCAUGACGUCCUGACGCCAGCCCGGGCUUGCGUCUGCCUGUCACAAUGAGCGCCGUGGCUCUGGGCUUCGUGCUCGUGGCCGUGUUCUUUCUAGCGCUCGGCCUUCUCCAUCGCUAUGGCGACUUGAGGAAGGAGCAACGGAUGGUCCUGCUGGGGACGCUGGCGUCCUGGUACCUCUGUUUCCUCAUCGUCUUUGUCCUCCCGCUGGACGUCAGUACGACCAUCUACAAACAGUGUCUGUUAGAUAAUGCACAUCAUCCCACCCCUGUGACUCUGUCAACUUCGUCAAGAAGCGCUAAUAAGGCAGGAAACGCCUCGACUCUUGAUCCACCUGAGAGUGUAGCAAGUGUGUGUGAAAAGCCGUGGAGUUACAUACCAGACGGUGUGCUACCGGUUUUCUGGAGGGUUGUGUAUUGGACGUCUCAGUUUCUCACAUGGUUGCUGCUGCCCUUCAUGCAGUCGUACGCGCGAUCCGGAGCGUUCUCCCAAGUGGGAAAGUUCAAAGCUGCCCUUGUCGAGAAUGCCAUCUACUACGGCACCUACCUGCUCAUCUUCAUCUUUCUGCUCAUCUACGUCGCCGCGCACCCGCAGUGGCAACUCACGUGGACUGAGUUUCAGACCAUCGGCAUCACGGCCGCCAACACGUGGGGCCUCUUCCUCCUGGUGCUGUUGCUGGGCUACGGCCUGGUGGAAAUCCCCCGUUCCUAUUGGCUCUCAUCCUGCCACGCCCACUCACUGGCCAAAACCUACUUCAAGGUUGCAAAGAUGGCCAGUGAGAAAGCGGCGGCUGAGGAGAACUUGGCCGAUGCCAUGGAGGACGUGUUCGUUGUCAACGCCUCAGUCAAGUUUAGCCACUCGCUCAGGAAGUGCGUGGACACCAUUUUGACUAAAUGUCCCAUAGAGUACCAGGAGGAGAUGGGCAAAGACGUGGAACAUUUGUGUGAAGAUCGGCUGGUCCUUCCAACCAAAAAAGGCCUCGUGCAGCUUCAUAAAAAAGUGAUCUCCGCCGUGCAGCGGUGCCGUCAGACUCGAGUCCAGUGGUCCGUGUUGCUGGAGAGGAUUUUCCAUCUCGAAGACGUCACCAAGAGCCGCAGCAACCCGACGUGCCAUUUUGUGCGCAGCUUCGCAACCGCAGAGGCUGACGGCUGCGUCCGGAAAUUUCUCUACACUCCUAAAGUAGAGUGGUACUGGGAAUGCGUGUUCCGUCAGGUGUUCUACAAGGUACUGGCGCUGCUGCUGUUUUUGCUCUCCGUGCUGGUGGUGUGGUCCGAGUGCACCUUCUUCAGCAAGCAUCCGGUCCUCUCCCUCUUCGCCAUUAUCGUCCGUGUGACGGAACAGAGGCGCUACUACGUUUGUACUGAGGUAGUGUCCUUCAUCACCGUCCUCUUCCUGUGCACGUGCGUCUACUCCACCGUGUUCCAGAUCCGGGUGUUCAACUUUUACUGCCUGGUGCCUCAUCACCAGACGGACGCCUACAGCCUGCAGUUCAGCGGCAUGUUAUUUUGUCGCCUGACUCCUCCGCUGUGCCUCAACUUCCUGGGUCUGAUCCACAUGGAUCCCGCCGUGUCCCCCCAGGACCGAAUACACACGUCCUAUACGUCUAUAAUGGGCUCCAUGCAUCUGCUGUCAUUUAUAGCCAAUGGCUUCUACAUCUACUACCCUGUUUUGGUGUUGCUGCUCUGCUUUGCCACACUUUAUAACCUGGGUUCUCGCUGUUUGAACGUGCUGGGCAUCCAUCAGUACGUCGCCGAUGACGACCUGAGCUCGGAUCUGGUGGACGAGGGCAAGGAGCUCGUCAGAAGAGAAAGGAGAAAACGACAGAAAAGUGAGGAUGUAGCGAAUGGAAGACUGUCGUGGAGAGAGCGAUAUGAAGGAGUCUACGGGGACUCGGGGGCGAACAGAGCUGCUUACGUCGAAAUCAAAGAUGACCAGCAAACUCCAAUCAAGAAAAGCAUUAUUGGCUUCACUUGGCGAGACUCGGAUGAGCAGCAGAGGAGUUUAUUACACAGCAACGACAACGGAAGAUGGACCGUAUGAUGCGACAAGUUUUAAAACCGCAACCUUUGGUGAUAUUUGACAUAAAGAAGGGAUGACUGGGAGGAAGGAGGCUUUUUUUUUUAAGGUUUUGAUGAAGUUACUCAGGAAAAAUCUGAAAAGUACGUCAGAGUCCAUGAAGUGGGCCCAAUUUAUUGCCAAGAGGAUUACUGCCAUCCAUUAAGACGUUUUCCAUUACGGACCUCUUGAAACUGUGAACAUGCAUGCAUGGUGUGUGCGAAGUGUCAGUUUUCUACAAAUAUUCCUUUUUAUGAAGGCUUUUUUUUGGGUAAAUUAUUAAAAUCUCUAUGUAACAAUCAUA